CUUUUGAUGAUGAUCAAGAGUUUCAAGAAGAGAUUGAUCUUAUAGAUGAACCUGAAAUAUUUGAUGUUGAAUCUGAAGCAAAACUUAACCGAAUUAAGAUUAAUAUUCCACAAGUUUGUGAUGGAAUGGUUGAAAAUGUAAAAAUUGCAUUAUUUAAUGCUUUAAAUUAUUACUGGGAAUAUCCUAUCCGUGAAGCUUUUCUUGCAACACUUCUUGAUCCUAGAACCAAAAAAAUGGAACUAGCAACUUAUUCUCAAUGA